AUGUUGGGCAUAAAUGGGCCUCAAUACGGAACCAACGUUACAACGAUGUUUGUGAAGUAUGUGUUUUCUGUGAGACACAAUCCUGGCAUCACCCUCCAGUUCCUGCUUGGAUUUAUUUUGUGCAACAUGGUUGGAAUGUUUCUGACACAGAAUUAUGACCUGCCAAGCCUGGCUAUAAAAGCUGAAGACAUUAAAGGGGGCUUGGAAGAUAAGAAGACGCCCCCUAGGUCAUGA